GUGAGUUUUCUCUGUGUGUUUUCAUUUCCUUUUUCGUCCUCUUCUUCUUCUCUGGGAGAGAACCAGAGUGUGUGUGUGUGUGUGUGUGUGUGUGUGUGUGUGUGUGCGCGUGUGUGUGGGAGAGAAAGAGAUAUGGCUACGGAUGUGGUGGGUUCGGAACAUGGGUCGGCGGGGAAGAGGCAGGGCAUUGAAGAACAUGGUUGCUGUGCUGGACCUGGCUAUGCUUCACCUCUCGACGCCAUGGCUGGUCCCAAAGAAGCUCUUUUCUAUGUCACCUGCGUUUACUCUGGAACAGGAAGAGAGAAGCCUGAUUACUUAGCAACAGUGGAUGUUGAUCACUUCUUAUUUGAAAGAAGUGAAUUUGUAAAGGUUUAUAAACCAUGACAAAUCAUUCUUUGUUGCUAUUAUAUCCAAUUUAGCCAUUAUACCAAAUAUGGAGUUUUUAACCUGAAUA